AUGAUAAUAAAGAACGAGAUAGCCAUUCAUUUCCAUGGGGACAAUAUCAUAAUAUUUAUCACCGGUUUGUUAUCGAAGGUCAACACCACCUACUCCUCCCCCACACCUCCAUUGUCACACCCAUCCAAACACCACCAACUCCACCCCCACACCUCCAUUGUCACACCCAUCCCAACGACACCAACACCACCUCCACACCUCCAUUGUCACACCCAUCCCAACACCACCACCCCCAUCCCCACACCUCCAUUGCCACAUCCACCUCAACACCACCUCCUCCAUCCCCACACCCCCAUUGUCACAUCCACCGCAACACCACCUCCUCUCCCCCCACACCCCCAUUGUCACACCCAUCCCAACACCACCACCCCCAUCCCCACACCUCCAUUGUCACAUCCACCCCAACACCACCUCCUCUCCCCCCACACCCCCAUUGUCACAUCCACCGCAACACCACCUCCUCUCCCCCCACACCCCCAUUGUCACACCCAUCCCAACACCACCACCCCCAUCCCCACACCUCCAUUGUCACAUCCACCCCAACACCACCUCCUCCAUCCCCACACCCCCAUUGUCACAUCCACCGCAACACCACCUCCUCUCCCCCCACACCCCCAUUGUCACACCCAUCCCAACACCACCACCCCCAUCCCCACACCUCCAUUGUCACAUCCACCCCAACACCACCUCCUCUCCCCCCACACCCCCAUUGUCACAUCCACCGCAACACCACCUCCUCUCCCCCCACACCCCCAUUGUCACAUCCACCCCAACACCACCUCCUCUCCCCCCACACCCCCAUUGUCACAUCCACCGCAACACCACCACCUCCAUCCCCACACCUCAAUUGCCACAUCCACCGCCACCUCCAUCCUAACAUCCACACUACCGCCACCUCCAUUCUAA